CAAGCCAAUCCCUCCACAGUCACAACAACUCAUUUCAAUGGAGAAACCUCCUUCACCCUUCUCCAUUCCUCCACAGUCCUCCCCAAAGCCUUUCAAGAAAAGCUUCGUCACCACAUUAAUGGAGGCCGCCACUCUCCGCUCUCCUUCCUUCAAGGAAGACACCUACUUCGUCUCCCACCUCAAGUCUUCCGAGAAAAAAGCCCUGCAAGAGCUCAAGGACAAGCUCAAUGCUUCGUUCGGCCCCGACGGAGAAUGCACGAUGUGGGGUGUCCCUCUUCUCUGCGGCGACGAAAAAGCCGAUGUCAUUCUUCUCAAGUUCUUGCGAGCUAGGGAUUUCAAGGUGUCGCACUCGUUUCACAUGCUGGAGAAAUGCCUGGCCUGGAGAAAAGAGUUCAACGCCGACGGCAUCACGGACGAGGAUUUGGGGUUCAAGGAGCUGGACGGAGUGGUCGCUUAUAUGCACGGAUACGAUAGACAAGGCCAUCCCGUUUGUUACAAUGCGUACGGAGUUUUCAAGGACAAGGAGAUGUGCGAGAGAAUGUUUGGGGACGAAGACAAAGUGAAGAGCUUUCUAAGAUGGAGAGUUCAAGUUAUGGAAAAAGGAAUCAACCAGCUGCAUUUCAAGCCUGGUGGAAUCAACUCUAUUAUUCAAGUCACCGAUCUCAAGGACAUGCCCAAAAGAGAACUCAGGGUUGCUUCUAACCAGAUCCUCUCUCUCUUUCAAGACAAUUACCCUGAGAUGGUUGCUCGAAAGAUUUUCAUCAAUGUCCCAUGGUACUUCAGCAUGUUGUACUCGAUGUUCAGUCCAUUUCUAACUCAGCGCACCAAGAGCAAGUUCGUUAUCUCCAGAGAAGGAUCCGCAGCCGAAACACUCUACAAGUUCAUAAGGCCAGAGGAUGUUCCUGUACAGUAUGGAGGACUGAGUCGACCCAACGAUUCGCAGACCGGUCCUCGGAAACCGGCCUCCGAGUUCGUCGUCAAAGGAGGGGAGAAAGUGAACAUUCAAAUCGAAGGAAUCGAGGGUGGGGCAACCAUAACAUGGGAUCUUGUAGUAGGAGGGUGGGAUUUGGAAUACAGUGCGGAGUUCGUGCCGAACGCCGAGGGCGGCUACACAAUCGCGGUGGAGAAGGCGAGGAAACUGAGUCCGACGGAGGAGGCGGUGCACAACUCCUUCACGGCGAGGGAAGGUGGGAAAAUGGUGCUGUCGGUGGAUAAUACAUCAUCCAGGAUAAAAAAGGUUGCUGCAUAUCGUUAUAUUGUCCGCAAAUCAUGCCUGGAUUAAGGUUUUUAAUUUUCAUCUUUUUGAAUGGCUGUGAACCCGUUAUUUUUCUUGAGGAGGACUAAUUUGGUAAUGUCAUGUAUAAAUAUGGAGGGUCAUAUUAUUAUUGCUGUUCUUGUUAUAUGGCUUGAUAUAAAAUAGUGAAUGCUUGAAAAUAAUCCAUUACCAAUGAGGUCUUGUGUUGUAAUUCUAAUGUUUUAAUGUAAAAUUUGGAAUGAGAGAGUGAAUGACAGUGUGUUGGUCGGUGAC